UUCAUUUGGUGCAGCAGCCAAUCCGCGUUUACAGUAAAACACCACACUUCCUGUUUCGGAUUAAAGAAAAUAUCGCUAUUAAUGUAAUAUUCAAUCUGAUAUGACGAAUGAAUUGUGGUGAUUUACCAUACCGUUUAUGAGAGAGAACACACGGCCUGACCAUGCCUGUGUCCCUGCUGUGGGCAGUGGAUGUGUACGGGCGCGUUUACAGCCUGUCCACUGGAGGGCAGCAGUGGGAGCAGUGUCAUGAUGCCUUGUUAGAGUUUAAGAGGGUGACAGCCGUACAGCAGUGUUGCUGGGGUAUCGCCUGUGACCACCACAUCUACCUGAAUGUCCACUCUAGUGAUGUACCCAUACGUUACCAGGAGGAGACAUACGAGAACCAGAGAUGGAAUCCCAAGGAUAACUUCUCGGAUCACUUGUUGCCGAGCGACCGCUGGCAUUGGAGUGACAUCACAGGGCUGGAACACCAACCCCUGGACAGUUUCCUUCUUCCCUCGACCAACUGGGAGUGGGAGGGGGACUGGUACAUCGAUGAGAACUUUGGAGGAGAACCCACAGAGAAAGGAGGUUGGACCUAUGCCAUGGACUUCCCUGCCACCUACAUCAAAGACAAGAAGUGGAACUCGUGUGUCCGUCGCCGGCGAUGGAUCCGCUACAGGAGGUACAAGGCCACGGACACCUGGGCCAAGAUCCCAUCCGAGGUUCACAGUGGUCCCCUGCCAGACCCCUUUAAUGACAUCAGCUGUGGAGGCUGGGAGAUCAGUGAGGAGCCCAGGGGGAGGCUGUCUUUGUGGGCUGUCUCUCUACAGGGCAAGGUGUGGUUUCGUGAGGGUAUCCAUCACCACAGCCCAGAGGGGGAUGGCUGGGAGGAGGUGUCUCUGCCUGGGGAGGUGGUGCAGAUCAGCUGUGGGCCAGGGGACCUGGUUUGGGCUGUGCUCUGGGAGGGACAACUCAUUGUCAGGGAGGGCAUCACCAGAGACUGCCCACAAGGCUCGUCCUGGGUGGUGGUGGACUCUCCCAACCCAGAGGCCGGGGCCAUCCACGUAGCUGUGGGGGACAACGUAGUCUGGGCUGUCACCAAGGACAACAAAGUAUGGUUCAGGCGUGGCAUCAACUCCCAUAACCCAUGUGGUUCAGGCUGGAUCGGGAUGGUCGGGGAGAUGGUCAUGGUCAACGUGGGCCUCAACGACCAGGUGUGGGGUAUUAGCUGUGUGGACCGGGCAGUGUAUUUCCGUCAGGGUGUGACCUCCAGUGAGUUGAGUGGUAAAGCCUGGAAGGCUGUCAAUGUGCCCCGAGACGGAGACAUCAGGUCCCACUCCUCCGCCAGCAUUAGCAGUCUGCACAGUGCUGGUUGUUUCUUCAGUGGUGAGGUCCAAGCCCAGUCUGUGAUGAGUGAAGACUCGGACACAGAGGGCGGUCCACAGAGGGCGGUCCUAGAAGUAGGGUCAUGCCCCUCCUCUCCUCCCCCUGAGCCCCCUCCCAUCGACCCCGACGUCCCCAAACCACGCAUCCCUAAGGUCACCAGCGACAGCUUCAUCUCUGAGAUGCUCUCCGACCGUGAGGUCAAACAGGAGGGGGCCACCGCUGCCACCACUGCUAGUCCCUCUAUCCCAGAAGAGGAAGUCGCUCUUGGGGAACCGGAGGCCAAGUGUCCCCCUCCGGCCCUGCUUCUCUCCCCCAGCCUGUCUGGAGGGCUUGGGGACCCCCAGUGGAGUAACGUGGACCUGGAAGAGACCCAGACUCACCUGGCUGUGGGGCCUGCCGUGGUGAGAGGGGACUCGGCUGACACCUGUAGUCUGUCCUCGGUGGCCACCUACACCCUGUGUCAGGGGGAGCCGUAUGGGGCAGAUGAACACCCGCUCUGGGCAUGGGUCAGUGGAGGAGGCUGUGGUGUGAACUGUCACUCCCAGCUCAACUGGUUCAACUCUGCCACAGCCCUGGCAUCAUCAGUCCAGUCCAUGAGUCUGUCCAUCAGUCCAGCCCAGACAGCGGCCUGGCGGAAACAGAUCUAUGAGCAGCUCAGCGAACGCUCCAAGAGAGAGAUGGACCACUUUAAACACUACGAACAGGCCGUAGAACAGUCUGUGUGGGUGAAGAAAGGGACCAUGCAGUGGUGGAGGGACUGGAAGCCCCAUAAGUGGGUGGAUGUGAGGUUUGCCCUGGAGCAGUUCUCAGGGCCUGAGGGAAACCAGGACGGCAUCCUCUUCCUCUACUACAACUUCAAUGAGGAGAAGAAGUACCUGCAUGCGUUCAUCAACGAGGUGACUAUCUUGGUGCCGGUGCUGAAUGACUCCAAACACACGUUUGCCGUCUACACAGCAGAGAGGACCAAACAGAGGUGGCCUAUCAGACUGGCUGCUGCCACUGAGGUGGAGAUGCAUGACUGGCUGGCCCUGCUGAGUGUGUCGUGCUGUGACGCCCGGGGGAUCCAGGGUCCCCCUUCUAAACAAGCCAUCUGGUCAGUCACCUGUAAAGGAGACAUCUUCGUCUGUGAGCCUUCGCCUAGCCUGGAGGCCUGUCCCUACCCCACACCAUGUGACCAGAUGUUCUGGCAUCAGGUGGGGGGCCACCUACGUCUGGUGGAGUGUAACAGUUUGGGGGUGGUGUGGGGGGUAGGCUACGACCACACUGCCUGGGUCUACACCGGCGGCUAUGGAGGGGGAUUCUUCCAGGGUCUGGCCAGCAGCACAGAUAACAUCUACACCCAGACAGAUGUGAAGUGUGUCUACAUCUAUGAGAACCAGAGGUGGAACCCAGUCACAGGUUACACCAACAGAGGCCUCCCAACAGACCGUUACAUGUGGAGUGAUGCAACAGGUCUGCAGGAGUGUACCAAGGCCAACACCAAGCCUCCAUCUCCUCACUGGACAUGGGUAGCAGACUGGACCAUUGACUAUGGGAUCUCCGGGGGGACAGACCGAGAGGGUUGGCAAUACGCAGCUGAUUUCCCAACGUCGUAUCAUGGCCACAAGACCUUGAAGGACUUUGUUCGUCGUAGACGAUGGGCCAGGAAGUGUAAACUGACGACCACAGGGCCGUGGCAAGAAGUCCCGCCCAUCUUGUUGAGUGACGUGACCAUCGUCCUGUGUGGAGCUCAGAGCAGUGUUGAGCCGAUCCCUCUGUGGGCCAUCAGUAACAAGGGAGACGUGCUCUGUAGACUGGGGGUCACCAUACUGACUCCUGCCGGGACGUCGUGGCUUCACGUGGGCACAGACCAGCCUUUUAAGUCUAUCUCCAUCGGGGGGGCCAACCAGGUGUGGGCCAUUGCCAGGGAUGGAUCUGCCUUCUACAGGGGCUCUGUGUCCUCAGAGAGCCCUGCAGGAGAUUGCUGGUACCACAUCCCCUGUCCUGGAAGACAGAAGCUCCAACAGGUGUCUGUAGGGAGAACUUCGGUCUACACUGUGGAUCAAAAUGGUAACCUGUGGUUCAGACAGGGCCUGACUCCCAGCUACCCUCAGGGAUCAUCAUGGGAACACAUCUGCAACAAUGUACGCAAGGUCUCCGUAGGACCUCUAGACCAGGUGUGGGUCAUAGCUGACAAGGUGCAAGGCAGCCACAGUCUGAGCUGUGGGACAGUCUGCCACCGUCUGGGGGUUCAGCCCAUGGACCCAAAGGGACAGUCGUGGGACUACGGCAUCGGGGGUGGCUGGGACCACAUCACUGUGAGAGGGAACUCCAUUGAGGCUCCUCGUGUUCGUAUUCCCUCCCUGACGCCCUCCCUCACCGCCUCCCUAACGGACCCCCUCCGCCCCCCUCCACCCCGCAGCCUGCUCCCUGUCAUGAUCACGGAGAUGGAGAACGGGAACGCUGUCCGGUGUUAAACACACACACCUACAGUACUUGCUAGUGGACACUAUCUCUGUUCUGUCUUCAGCCCAACUCUCUCUUCAGAUACGCCACAAUGCAACUACCCCACCAUCCACACUGUACUGUAGCUCCCAGCUCCAGCCUCAGCUCUUCUGACAUAUCACCUGGCUGUGUUAAAAGACCUUUGAACCCUAUCUCCGCACCUUCAACUUGACUCAGCCAAUCACCUUCUCUCUUCACAGCUAGCAGAUCAUGUUCAGUAUUUCCCACAUAGAGCACUAAAGUCGUUUUUAAACCGUGUCACUGAGUCUUUGAACAUUGCGGUAUUGUAAUUUAAAGGUUAACUCAGCUAAAAGACGUUGCCACGAGCAGCCCCACAAAUAUUCAGAUGAGCGAGAUGCAAGUCACACACAGUAUCUGCGCAUCUACACAGGUUCGCUUCACGCUGUUGGAGCGGUAGGUACGGAUCGCUUCACGCUGUUGGAGCGGUAGGUACGGAUCGCUUCAUGCUGUUGGAGCGGUAGGUACGGAUCGCUUCACGCUGUUGGAGCGGUAGGUACGGAUCGCUUCACGCUGUUGGAGCGGUAGGUACGGAUCGCUUCACGCUGUUGGAGCGGUAGGUACGGAUCGCUUCACUCUGUUGGAGCGGUAGGUACGGAUCGCUUCACUCUGUUGGAGCGGUAGGUACGGAUCGCUUCACGCUGUUGGAGCGGUAGGUACGGAUCGCUUCACGCUGUUGGAGCGGUAGGUACGGAUCCCUUCACUCUGUUGGAGCGGUAGGUACGGAUCGCUUCACUCUGUUGGAGCGGUAGGUACGGAUCGCUUCACGCUGUUGGAGCGGUAGGUACGGAUCGCUUCACGCUGUUGGAGCGGUAGGUACGGAUCGCUUCACUCUGUUGGAGCGGUAGGUACGGAUCGCUUCACUCUGUUGGAGCGGUAGGUACGGAUCGCUUCACGCUGUUGGAGCGGUAGGUACGGAUCGCUUCACUCUGUUGGAGCGGUAGGUACGGAUCGCUUCACUCUGUUGGAGCGGUAGGUACGGAUCGCUUCACUCUGUUGGAGCGGUAGGUACGGAUCGCUUCACUCUGUUGGAGCGGUAGGUACGGAUCGCUUCACUCUGUUGGACCAAAACAAAGGAAAUUGACCCACUAUGCUGUUUACUUUCUGCAUCUACUUCAUAUAUUAGUCUACGUUUAAAUCUGUGCUCUUAAGAUAACUUUUUGUUUUAUUUAUGGUUUUUGUUUGGUUGAAUGUUUUUUAUGUGUGUGUUUGGUGUGUACGGUAUUAUGUGAGUAGAUUUUUGUUGUUUAUGUUAUGGUGGUAAUUGAUUUAUCUUUUUAAAAUAAUAUGUGUUUUGGGGGGGUAUUCAAUGUGAUUGGAGCGACGUUAAGAUGGGUAAGAAAGCGUCACUGUCGGCCCAUUUAUUUGUGACUUAUUAUAAAAAGUCUGUAUCAGGAAGUUACAGUACUUACUACUUUGUACCUGCUGGCAACAGGUCGAGAUUCUACUGGAGUCACACCAAAAACAAUAAGGAUUUAUUUAACGAGAAUAAUUUGUUAUUAACGUUUGAUAACACAUGAUGCUUUUACAGUUCUAGCCCUUCCCCCUGAAUGGUUUGUAUCUGUGAUGGCCACAGUGAAGAGUUUGUUUGCCCAUGUAUUUUUGACAGCACUCGAAAAGAAAGUAUAUAUUCUUCUUUUCAUGAAAAAUGUGCAAUGUGUAGUUCACACUGGACCGAGGUGGGAAUUGCUUGGAAAGUGAUGUCUUUGCGGGGCUUUAAAGUUGAACUGUUUAUUUCUCAGGUAAAUAAGAGUUCUCCUAAACGCUAUUAUUGGCAUGUUUUUGACCUUCUACGACUGUAGUAGUAAUGACUGACAGGCAACACACGUGAAAGGUUUGGUGGAAAGAACAAAUCAAUAUUUUUGUUAUAAAUCUGUAUAUGAGUAUAGUAUAAAUGUUUUAAUGGGGAUAUUUCAAGGUUUGUUAUUGUACGUUGGCAUAUAAAAAGGUCAAAUAUUAGUCCUUUGAACUAUUAUCCAUAAACCACAAAAGUUGAAACUAGCACAUUUGGGCAUUAAUUGAUCUUCUCUAAAUGGAAACCACAAGCCAAUAGCUAUCACUGAUAUACUGGAACUACAAAUAAUUGAUUGUACAGAAAACUGUAUGUCUGUGAAAACUCUCACUUUAUCUUCCUAUGGCAGUUCCUAAUACAAAUGUUUCACUUACUACUGUUAGAACUGUACAGGCUUCAUCCUAAAGGAGUGGCACAUGCUUGUCAUGCUGUGGGGUACCCCUUCACAUUCCAAACUUUAAGUGUUUGUUCUAAAGGAGGACUUGUCCGUUUAAAAAAUGAUUCCAUUGUUUUUAUUGAUUAUAAUGUCAAUUAAAAUACUAUAAUCAGGUACUAUUCUAACCCCAACAAGGCUGUUAUUGAUGUGUAUAUUUCUUCCUUCCAAUAGUGUGCAUGGUCAAUGUCCUCUCAAUAAAUGUGAUUAUUGAUAA